ACAAGAAGAUCUUUCUACAUCCUUCAUCAGUUCUUUUUUUUUCUUCUUAUUUAAAAUCUAAUAAUGUCAUCUGCUGCUUUGAAAGUAAUCAAUCCAAAUUCGGAUGUCGCAAGACGCGGACAGGCACUUCAGCUCAACAUUACUGCCGCGAUAGGUUUACAAGAAGUGCUAAGAUCUAACUUGGGCCCCAGAGGAACAAUCAAGAUGUUGGUAGAUGGUGCUGGUGGUAUUAAGCUUACCAAGGACGGAAAGGUCCUACUGAGUGAAAUGCAAAUUCAACAUCCUACUGCUGCCAUGAUUGCCAAAGCCGCUACAGCUCAAGAUGAAAUCACAGGAGAUGGCACAACAUCCAUCGUCUUGAUGGUCGGUGAACUUUUAAAACAAGCCGAACGUUAUAUCUCUGAAGGUCUCCAUCCUCGUGUGAUCACAGAAGGAUACGACCUUGCCAAAAAGGAAGCUCUCAAGUUUUUGGAUGAAUUCAAAGUGCAGCAAGCCGAGAUUGAUCGUGAAUUACUAGUAUCAGUCGCGCGUACCUCCCUUCGCACCAAAGUUCACCGCGCCUUGGCUGAUACGUUGACUGAAGCCGUGGUCGAUGCUGUCUUGGCUAUUCAUCGUGAAGGAGAACCCAUCGAUCUUCAUAUGGUUGAAAUCAUGAAAAUGCAACACCGUUCAGAGACAGAGUCUAAGCUGAUCCGUGGUCUCGUCUUGGACCAUGGUGCUCGUCAUCCUGAUAUGCCCAAGCGAAUCAAAGAUGCAUUCAUCUUGACACUCAACGUCAGUCUCGAAUACGAAAAAUCUGAAAUCAACUCUGGCUUCUUCUAUUCUACUCCUGAGCAACGUGAUAGAUUGGUAGAGAGUGAACGUAAGCAUGUGGAUGAUAAGGUCCGCCGUUUAGUCGAGUUCAAGAAUGAGGUUUGUAGUGGUGAAAAUGCCGAUAAGGGAUUUGUUAUCAUCAACCAAAAGGGUAUCGACCCUCUUUCUCUUGACUUAUUGGCCAAGCAUGGUAUCUUGGCCCUUCGUAGAGCUAAAAGAAGAAAUAUGGAGCGUCUUCAACUGGCGUGUGGUGGCGUUGCUCAAAACUCAGUAGAAGAUUUGACACCUGAAGUAUUAGGUUACGCAGGAUUAGUCUAUGAACAAGUAUUGGGGGAAGAUAAAUACACAUUUGUUGAAGAUGUCAAGGAUCCCUAUAGUGUGACCAUCUUGAUCAAGGGACCUAACCCUCAUAUCAUUGCUCAAACAAAUGACGCUGUUCGUGAUGGUCUUCGUGCUGUCAAGAAUGCAGUUGAAGAUAAAGCUGUUGUUCCUGGUGGUGGUGCCUUUGAAGUAGCUCUUGCUCAACAUUUGACGAAAUAUAAAAAGGAAGUCAAGGGUCGUGCCAAGAUGGGCGUUCAAGCCUUUGCUGAUGCUAUGUUGAUCAUACCCAAGGUCCUUGCUCAAAAUGCUGGUUUUGAUGUUCAGGAUGUGAUUGUUGCUUUACAGGAUGAACAUUCUGAUGGUCACGUUGUAGGUGUUGACCUGAAGACAGGUGAAACGAUGGAUCCUAAAUUAGAAGGCGUUUGGGACAAUUACAGAGUCCAUCGUCAUAUGCUCCAUUCUUGCUCUGUUAUCGCAAGUAAUCUCUUAUUAGUUGAUGAAAUGAUGCGUGCUGGUAGAACAUCCUUGAAGGGACCUCAACUUGGAGAAUAAAGCAAUGACGCAUAUAAAAAGUGA